AUGCCCCCGUGCCCGCCCCCGGCCGUCCCGCUGCCGUCUCGCCUCAGCCCGGCUCUGGCCGUGCUGGCGCUGGCGCUGCUGGGCGGGGAUCAGUGCCUGGGGCAGGGGCGGCAUCGCCGGCAUUUGGCUCCGCCUGGCCCGAGCCCGGCCCCGGCCCCGGCCCCGGCCCCGACGUGGGCUCCAGUCCCGACGCUGGCCCCGGCCCCGGCUCCUCCCGGGCCCCGCGGAGGACACAGGCGGCGCGGCCGCUCCCGCCGCCUCCGCCGCGGCUUGCCCGGCCCGAGCUCCGCCGCUCGGCAGCGCGGCCGCCGGGGGAAGGCGCAGGAGGCCCUGCAGGAGCGCUACCGCCUGGGUUCCCUGCUGGGGCGCGGAGGAUUCGGCGGCGUCUGCUCAGCGACGCGGCUCUCGGACGGCGCCCCGGUGGCCAUCAAACGCGUGCCGCGGGAUCGCAUCCGGCACUGGAGCGAGCUGCCCGACGGCACCAGCGCGCCCCUGGAGAUCGUGCUGCUGGCCAAGGUGUCCUGUGGGUGUGCUGGUGUCAUUCAGCUCCUGGAGUGGCUUGAGCUCCCCGACAGCUUCUUGAUGGUGCUGGAGCAUCCAGAGCAGUGCCAGGAGCUGUCGGAUUUCCUGGCGGAGCAGUGCCAGGAGCUGUCGGUUUUCCUGGCGGAGCGGAGGUUCCUGCCGGAGGAGGAGGCGCGGGGGCUGUUCCGCCAGGUGCUGGAGGCCGUGCGGCACUGCAGCAGCUGCGGGGUCCACAGGGACAUCAAGCCCGAGAACAUCCUGCUCGACCUGGCCAGCGGGCAGCUGAAACUGAUCGACUUUGGCUGUGGCGCUUUCCUCCAAGACACAGCCUACACCCAGUUUGCAGGAACCCUGGCCUACAGCCCACCAGAGUGGACCCAGCACCAAAGCUACCACAGCGAGGCAGCGACGAUCUGGUCCCUGGGCCUCCUGCUGUACCAGCUGGUCGUGGGGAAGCACCCGUUCAGGAGGGGCCAGGAGAUGAUCUGGGGGCGCAUCUUGUUCCCACCACGGCUCUCUCAAGAGUGCCAAGAUGUCAUUAAGAGCUGUUUGUCCAUGCAACCCUCGGACAGGCCAUCAUUAGAAGAGCUUUUCUGCCAUCCUUGGAUGCAGGGUGCUCCUCGUCCCUAGAAGAUGAGAGAGAUCCAUGUGCACAGUUGGAUCCAGAGGCCUGGCAGGGAAGGAGAAGGAGCUCCUGGAGAAGCUGUACCAGGUGGGGCUGCUGCUGGAGACAGCAAGGACAACCUCAAGGAUGAAAACCUCUUCCUUGGCCUGGCCAGCUGAAGAAGAUGGACUUGGAUUCUGGCACCUUCUCUAAAGACACCCUCCACACCCAAUUUGCAGAAGUGCCACGAGAGGGCCAAACGUGGCGAGUGGGCCGUGUUCCUGAGGCAGUGCAGUCUGGAGAUGAUGGAUGGAGAAUUGCCCUUCUGCACUCCCAAACCAGAGCAAAGAGCUAAAACAUGCUGUAAAAAAAGAGUGCCCUUUGCUCCUGGCUCUCGUGUGGAGCAGCUCCCUUCCUGCUGGCUGAGCUGCUCAGGCAGAGCCCGGCAGCUCCUGGCCCUGCAGGGCUGAGGCUUUUCCCCACUGCUGGGCACAGACUGAUGGAGCAGCACUGCUGAACACGGGCACACAGAGGGACCAGGAGCAGCUGCCUUUGGCCACCUGAGGCUCCAAGGCCCAAACUCUGAGCAGCCA